CGCCGCCACCGCAGCUCCCCAGGAGCCGGCAGCCGCCUCCAGCUGGGAGCCCGAGCCCCUGCAGCGCUCCCGUUCCCCAGAGCCGGCACCGGGGCGGGGAAGGGGCCGGGCGGGACCCCCCUAGGCCGCGGCCGGCCCCCGGGGAUGCGCAGCCCGGAGCCCCCCUCCCCGCGGCCUGCCCCGGGGGCGCCCCUCCUCUCCCCCCGGCGGCGGCGGCGGGCAGGGCCGGCCGGGGGGGGCCGCGGCGGCCGGCCCCGGCGGGGCGGAGGUCGGCCGCCUCCACACGCCCCCCGUCCAGCAGCCUGCGGCGGCUGAGGGAGGAGGAGGAGGCGGCGGCCGCGCCCGCCUCGCCUCCCGCCCGCCGGGGAGCCGCGGCUGAGGCGCAUGGAGACAGCGGCCGGCGCCGCGGGCUGGGUUCUUUUCUUCCAUCUUCCUCUGAUCUCUGGAAGCUCCAUCCGUAUUGGAAUAGGCAGCAAUUAUUCCAAUCUCUACGAACAGAGCAUUCUGCCUUGUAAAAAAGAAGAACUCCAGUGUGGUAACGGCCUCUGCCUCUCAAACUGGCUGCGCUGUCACUACAAGAAGGACUGUGGCAGAGACUACAUGUCCAUCAAGCUAACCUGCUCAAAAGUUCACUUGAACCAGAGCAGCCCAACCAGUGAAUUCCCCAGCUACGGUGAAAACGGAAAUGAUACCAGUUUGCUUGUUUCACCCCUUCUGGUGGCUGGAGUAGUGAUCGGCCUCGUGCUAUUUCUCUCCUGUGUUACAAUCAUUGUUGGCAGUCUGCGGAAGGACGGACGGUUAAGGCACCCACACCAGAGGAGAGACGCUGUUUAUGCUCCGGAUGGCUUCUCUUACGGUGGCUCUUUUGGGGAGCUGAGAUCCACCUGCAUGGAGGAGUUCCCCCCAGCUUUUGAUUUUGGUUCCUAUCUGGAUACGCUUUCUCAGGUCAACAUCAUGUAUCCCGACUCACCUCCACGCUACGAUGAAUGUGUGGGGCCAGGAGCAACACAAAUGUAUAUUCCCACAGAUGAUCCCCCUCCCUAUUCUCUUAUGGACCCCUGUCAAGGAAAUGAAAUAUCUAUAAACAUUAGCCUGGAAGAAGAAGAAGCAUCUGGGACUACAGGACAGGCUGCAAAUUAUGCAGUCAGGCUGCAGGACUUGCAGCAGCCCAUUUCAUCUAUCUCUUUGUCGUCUCUCACUCUGGAGGCUGCUCCUCUGUACGAAACAGUGGUGUGCGAACAGAACAUCCCCAUCCCACUGGUUCCAGUGGAAGUACUGAAAAAUUCUCCUACUGACUAUCAGACUGUUCUGAACCAAAUCAUGUGAAUAGAAGUGGCUUUUUCCUUCCAUCUUUCUGAAGAACUCAGGCUGAGAAAAAAAAAAAACACAUUUAAAUGGAAGAAUAAAACCUCUGAAAGUUUUACCUAUUUUAUAUCUUUAAAAAGGGAUGUAAUGGGAUUGCUUUUUUAUUUUUUACAGUGAAUUUUGAAAGUUUACCUAAAGUUCCCUCUUUGUGCUUCGAAGUGUUCCAUGGCAUCAUACACCAUAAAAAAGCAGCAGUGACAAGCAGCGCAUCCAGCCUUUUGAAGCAUUUCCAAUGACACUGUAAUUAGCCUCUCAGUGUAGAUACAUGUUACCCAGUCAAGCUAACUUGUUGAUUUUAUGAUACUUUGCAUGCUUUAGAGCAAAAGGAGAAAGAAGAGCAUUUUGUUGUCUUUGUAGGUGCCAUUAGUACAUUUCAUUCAAUGUCUUGGCAACUAAGCGUUUUCUUAAAAAUUCUUUGUCUAAAUCUGUAUUUCAGUAGACAGAGAGAACACUGCCUGCAAAACAUGAUUAGCAGUACCACAUAGGAGCCAAACAAAAAGAAGCAGAGUAUUUUCAUACUCACAUUUUUCCUUCAGAAAGCCUGGCCAGUACCAAAGCCUGCUGUAAAUGGGCAAGCGAUGAAGAGGGGGCAACGGAUCCUCACACACCAAUUGGCUUUACCCAUCAAGUGGUGCUCCAGCUGUGUGCAGGCCUGGGAGCUGGGCACCCUUCACAGGGACUUGAUGUAGCUAAGGAAAGGCAGCAUCUAGAAGCCCAGAAGAUGCUUUGUGUUGAUUCCCAUCACGCACGACUACAUUUUCAGGCACUAACUGAUCUCAUUCUUCAGUUAGGAGCUUGUAGAACUAAAAAAAGGACCUUGACCUCUAGAAAUUGAGCAAGGGGGAAUGUACGUAAUAGAUGCUGCACUCAGCAGUCACAAUAACAGAGAUUCUCAGCUUUGUACAGAAACUCUAUUAGACACUAUCCUCUUCACUGAAAUUUUGAUACUCAUAAACCUGAUCUCCGCUCAUAGACCCGGACUUCUCACACGUUCAUUUGAUGAAUGCAUAGAAGUUGCAAAUGCAUGCUGGCAGGAACAACAGAAGGAACUGCAGGCAUGAGUUUAAUCUUGCACAGUACACAGGCGUCCUGUCUGCAUUUAAGGACUAAGCUGGAUCUUCAACCAGUACUAGUUAGCAGAGUUAUCGGGCUCAUCUGCAUUCAAUCUCUUAUGAGUAUUUUCUCUGAAAAAAAUGUUUAACUUUUACACUGAUAAAAUGGACUUCAGUUUAUUACCCCCAAUGAAGGAUAAGUAAAAAGGAGUAUGGUAUACAUACAACUGUGUUUCAAAAGAAGUGUCAUUCCAAUUACGAAAACUGCACUUAGAUUUUCUAUAAAUACAAAAUAAUUUUCAACAGUAAUCAUUACUCAACACUCCAAAGAUCGACACAAAUAUAAUUAAUACUUAGAUGGGAAGUAAUUACAUGAUUCUUACUGCUCUAUGAAUUAUAUCAUUGCUGAGUCAUGCGCACACAAUGGGGUAAGGUAAGUAUGUAUUUUUUGCUAAGCAGAUAAGAGUAAAUAUGUAUUUUGCUAAAACAACAGAAUCUUUUGCAGUUCUCCAAGAUUUUCAAUAGACUAUACCCAAAACAACAAAAAUUCACCAUUUUGCAUUGCAAAACAUACUGGCAAGUAUUGCCAGAAUCUAAACUAAAUUAUUCAGCAUUCGCAUUUUUACCAGACAGAACCAUUCUUCUGUAUAAAGUACUACUGGAAAGAGUUUUGUGGCAUGCAAAACACCCUGCAAUCAGAGAGACGAAACUCUACACCAUUAUGGCCAAGAAAAAUCAAAAAAAGAAAAUCAACAUAGAAGAGUAUCAGUCAGUUCCAUUGACAGGAAAAUAAAAAGUGAAGGAAGGUGCUGAGGUUUAUUUAUGCUUCCAUAGUUGUGUCUUCCUGCAGCUCUUGGAAACCUGCCUAGAACAGGGUAAGGCACUGGGAUAAGACCAUGCCCACUUCUCGCUGCUGGCAGGGACUAAAGAGGGAAUUAAUAUAGGUUAGAAAGCAAAUGUGACUUUUUUUUUCUUUGACAAACUGUCUCUUCCACCUGUACAGCAAACCUGGCUGUACUUCCAAAGACUAGCUGAGGGCUUUUCAUGUCACACACACACACACACAGAAUUUCUAGGUUGGAAGAGACCUCAAGAUCAAUGUCUGACAAUCAAGCCUCUAAAGCCUUUACUCUGCUACAAAUGCUUGCAUUUUCUAUGUAUUCUGGGAAAUGCUUCUGGCUGUUUGGCUUUACACCUGACAGGGAUUUCAGGCCCUUCUGCUAUCUAAAUGUGGAAAGAAAAAAAUAUAUGUAUUUAAAAACAAGCUGAUUUUAAGCACAGUUCUGAUGAAAAUGGGAGACUUGCAUUUUAUCUCAUGACAGAAAUGCUUCACUAAAAUUUAGUAAACUAAUCCAAGUCUUUCUUGAUUUGAACACAGUUAAGACAUUCUCAGUAUUGCAGGUAGCAGCAUUACUGACAAAUAAAUAGCCAUCUGCUCCCUCUUGUGGUACACUGCUUCAUACAGUCAUGUAGUCAGCACACCACUACACCCAGGUCACAGCAGGGCUCAUCCAGCCAGAUAAUUCCAGCUUCUUUGUCACAGGGAUGAGGAAGCCAACCAAAACAUACUUUUAUCUUGUCACACUUUCCUUAGUUAGCACUAAAUGUAUGGGUUACAUCACUGAUUAUCAAUUAACAUUUAUUUUUUUUUUUUUAAAAAAAGAAAGAAAUUUGUGAAUUAAAGAUACAAUGUGAUACCUUAGCAAGGCCCCUUGCAAGAGUAACUUAGAAUUUUCUAGUCUUGAUAAUCCUUUUAACUAUGUUAUAUCCAAUGAAGUCAAGAGAAAAAAGCUUACAAGUCCAAACCGUAUGUCUCCGCAGAGACAACACCAUAAACAGCGUCUCCUAAAUUUAAUGGAAGGUGAGUUAUACCCUAAAGAAAUUCAUAUCCUCUUAUCAGAUUUUAUCCUAAACUCUGGCAUCAUUUUAAUGGCAAUCCUAAAAACAAGCUGAAUGCAGGCCUUUCAUCUAUUACAUGAUUAAUGUGAGAAAGCAAACUGUUUGGAUGAACUGUUUCUUGAUACUUGAUAACAAUGCUGUAUUUCUAUACUCAUCUGUUUUGCUUCGAUUUUUAGUAUAUGAAUCUUUACAGACAAACUUUAGUAAAGAAUAUACACGUAUUUGA